CUGCUUGCAGGCGUCAUGGCGCAGAGCCGUGUCACGGACUAUUUUGUACGCCGCCGCCCUGGCCUCGCCGCGCCGCGGCUCAAGAAGAAGGUCUGCAGCACCCCGAGCCCCGCCGGCUCCGAGCCCCUGGCGCCCGCCCCAGGCGGCAGCCGCAAGCGCGCCCGACCGCCCGCCGCGCCCGGGAGCGACCGGGAGCCCGCGCCGCCCGCGCGCCGGAGGCUGCGACUUCAGGACUCGGAUUCCUGUCCUGGCUCUCCAGAUGCGCCAAGCUCCCCAACAGCUUCAGACUCGCCAGACCUUGCACCUCUGGUCAAGAGACUAAAGAAAGCCACGGGCUCCGCAGUCUCUCUGCCCCAGCCUACAGUCCAGCAGGACAAGGUUCCUUCAAAGAACUCCGUCUCUGAGCUCAAGUCCUGCCUGCAGCGGGCCCGGGAGUUAGGAGCAAAGGCCCGGGCACUGAGGGCCAGAGCCCAAGAGGAUGCUACAAAGCCUUGCAUCUCAGAGGCCAAGAGCUCCACAGAGCAACUAUGCGGCAAGAAGGCCCCUGCUUACCAACGCUUCCAUGCCCUGGCCCAACCUGGCCCCCCAGGCCUUGUCCUGCCUUACAAAUACCAGGUGCUAGCUGAGAUGUUCCGUAGCAUGGAUACCAUUGUGGGCAUGUUAUUCAACCGCUCUGAGACCGUGACCUUUGCCAAGGUCAAGCAAGGUGUCCAGGACAUGAUGCGCAAACGCUUUGAAGAGCGCAAUGUGGGUCAGAUCAAAACUGUGUAUCCUGCAUCCUAUCGCUUUCGUCAAGAACGCAACAUUCCCACCUUCAAGGACAACGUCAAGAGAUCUGAUUACCAACUCACUAUUGAGCCAUUGCUGGAACAAGAGGCUGGUGAUGGCAUCCCCCAGCUUACAGCCUCACAGCUCCUGCAGCGGCGGUAUGUUUUCCGGCACAACCUGGUGGAGCGGGUCAAGGAGCACCACAAGGCUUUCCUUGCCUCAUUGAACCCCCCCAUGAUAGUACCUGAGGACCAGCUGACACGCUGGCAUCCACGCUUCAAUGUGGAUGAGGUGCCUGAUAUUGAGCCAGCUGAGCUCCCCGUGCCACCCACUGUGGAAAAGCUAACCACUGCCCAGGAGGUGCUGGCCCGUGCCCGCAACUUGAUGUCGCCCAAGAUGGAAAAGGCUUUGAGUGACCUGGCCCUACGCUCAGUUGAGCCCAGCUCCCCGCAGGCUCCCAGCUUGGCACUGCCAGCUACUCCGCCUGCCACCCCACCUACUGCUUCUCCCAGUGCCCUGAAGGGCGUGUCCCAAGCCCUGCUGGAACGGAUCCGGGCCAAGGAGAUCCAGAAGCAGCUGGCACAGAUGACACGGUGCCCGGAGCAGGAGCUGCGGCUGCAGCGGUUGGAGCGCUUGCCAGAGCUGGCCAGGGUGCUGCGUGGAGUCUUCGUGUCUGAGCGCAAGCCGGCACUCACCAUGGAGGUGGUCUGCAGCAGGAUGGUGGGCAGUUGCCACACCACAUUGAGCCUAGAGGAGAUGGAGAAGCACUUGCUGCUCCUGUCCGAGCUGCUGCCAGACUGGCUCAGCCUGCAUCACAUCCGCAACGACACCUACUUGAAGCUGGACAAGGCUGCAGACCUGGCUGGCAUCACCACUCAGCUGGCUCGCCAGACUCGUACUGAGGGGCUGUGACAGUCAACAGGAUUGGUGUUCUGGGCACGUCACUAACAUGAUGCAUGUGGGCCUCAUCUCAGAACUUUUGGGAACAAAGCUCCGCCAAUGUGGAGCUGAACAGUGAGUGGCAGAACGGUGCUCACAUCCUAAGCCUGGGAACUGUGACUUCAUAUUUCAUGUGAUCUCUCAUGACUAUUUGCCUGCAGUGUCCAUCCCAUGAGCUACUCAAGGCUAGUUCUAGGUGCUGUCAAAGCCAAGGUCCAGGUGGAGUUCAGAGGCUAAAAUAGCUCUGAUGUCUCCUGCUCAAGGAUGUUGUCCUGAUUCACAGUCCUGUAACGGAAAUCUUAGAUUCACGUUGAGAACUGCUAACCCAAUUUGAUGAGGACAAGGCACUAAAAUGACAAAGCCAGACCCUUCCCCUCUUUGUAAUGAAAAUAUCUGGGUUUUAAGAUGAAAAAGUUUUGUGAAUAUUAAGGUCAUGGUUUUGUUUGUAUAAAAAUCAACCAUUUUCAAGCCUCAUAUCUCUUGUCCCAGAGGACCCAACUUUCAACCUUAGCUUUUAUAAAGCUUGAGUCACUAGAGAUUUAAAUAAAAGUGCUGUCUAGA